AUGUUCGACAUGGAAUCCUUGCAUGAUUCGGUAGAUGUCGAUAUCGGUUUGAUGCUCGGGGCGGAAGAUCCGGAUCCACCCAGAGCUUCUGCGAAGAACAAAGCGAAGGCCAAAGCCAAGGGCAGGGCCAGACCUGCCGGGAAUGAGAGUGGGGAUGAUGAUGUGCCACCACCGCCAGCCCCACCAUCCCUCUCUGGCUCGUCAGAGCAACUUCGCAGGGGCACGAAGCGCAAAGUGCCAGGAGGGGACAGGGGAUUCCGUAUCUGCAAGGGGUGCGGGGAGAAGAUCAAAUGUGAGGAUUGUGCCCUCAACUUCCCAGGCUGCAGACCGUGUAAGCGGGCGCUCGACAAUAUAGCCCGCUUGGCGUCCAAGCAGGGAGCCAAAGCAGUCGCCUUCGUCAAGGAGCAGCGCGACGACCCCGAGAAGUGCAAGGAUAUGGUUGCGAACUACAAGGAAAGCUGCCCAGAGUGCAUGAAUGAGUUAGGCAGCAACACCAGAGGCAAGAAGAGAGGACAGUGGAACCUCACAAAGUAUCAGGAGAAGAUUGUCUCCUCCUCGGGAAUUCUCCGUGACAAGGUCGGCGAGCUCAUGCCCCAGAAAGUGUACCUGGAGUUUGCGGCCACAGCUCGAGGUGGGAGAAAGAGUGACGUGGAUGCCCUCAGCCAGUGGCGCACGUGGGAGCUUGAGGCGGAGGCUAAAACUCUCAAACGCCUCCACGACUUCAAAGGAGACGGUGGGGCCCUUCGUGUGUGGAUUCAUACGAUGGACGAAGUCCGCUUCCGAAGCGGCAUGAUGAAUGAGAAAGAAAUCAUUCAUGAAGGCGAGAGCCUGAAGAAGGCUUCCCAGGCCGAUGAAGAGCGGCUGCGGUCCAAGAUGUUGCAAAACCACGAAGCCUUGCAGGACAACGAGGAUGUUGUCAAGGCCCUCAUGGCGAACGGUGAGACGGCUUUCCAGGGCAACGAUGGGUUUCUCAUUGAUGUUUUCGAGCUCUGUUCUGAGCAUGAAAGCAAGAAGCCAGAUGAGCAGGGCACGGAGUCUGCUGCUGCGGAUAAAAGCAGCUCGCAGGCCGCAGGUGGUGGAGAUGGAGAGCGACCCAACAAGAGAGCCAAGGUGGAUGUUUGGGUGGAGCGAGAUAGAGUCAUCUCUGCCGUGGUGCGGUCCAGUACCCAGCAGAUCAAAGUUUUCACUUCCAAGGCGGAGGCUUCGUUGAAGAAGCACGAGGAGGCCUUGUCUGAAAUCCAAGAGAAGGCCGAGAGCGACCCGGUUUUCAAGAAGAACUUCGAGGGUGAAUUGAAGAUCCUGGAGAACCGAGUUCAUGCUCUCCAGCUGGUCGUAGCUAACGAUCUGGUGCAGUUGCAGGAGUACAUUGGCCGCUUUUCGUGUGCUCCGUCCGUGGCGGCGGCUGGCGAGGAAAAGGAGUCGAUGAAGGAUGCCGCUCCUGUGGAGCUUGGGAAGUCCCCUCCUAGCACCAGCUAUGCCUCGCUCAGGCCGGUGCAGGAGCUUUUGCAGCACGUGGAGAAGUACCACAACUGCACCCAGCCAGCCCAUGUCAAGGAAGUCACCGCAUCGAUUACCACCCUGCGUGCCCCGAUCGCGGAGCUGCUGAGCCUCACUGCUCGUGCCGAGAAGUUCCUUAAGAGUGCCAUCGAAAGCCUGAAGAAGCAGGAGCAGAAGAAGCUGGCAGAGGCUCGGAAGCCCAAGAAGGUUGAGAAUCCCACCGUGGCCCUUUUCGACACUGGGGCUGAGAAAGCCGAGAGCAUCCCCAGACGGUCCCCGGAUGAAGUGCUUCAGCAGCGUGAUUUGGCAAGGCCUUUCAUCCUCCGUUUGGAUGAGGCGGUGAGUCACGCCAUGAAGGAGCUAUCUGGAACACGUGUUCAAAUCGAUCAGUUUCAGGAGUCCUUCGACCAGGCACGUGCCAAACAGAAGGGCAUUCGCAUGUCGAAGGCGAUGGAGAUGGGCGGGGACCAGAGCCGCGCCGAGCUCAUGAACAAGGUUGCGGAGAUCUUCAAGAGCACUCAGGGUAUGGUGCCUCGCAAAACCAUGUCCACCAGCCUGUUGAAGUACAUGGACAUGUCGAUCUUCGGCGUGGAUGUCAACUACGACAAGGUCAGUGCAGAGGGGCUUAGUGUGGCGACGGGCAGGUUGUGCCUGCGUGGCACGAGGGCCGUCGUCAUGACAGAGAUGCUUCAGCUGCAAGGAUUCAUGACGAGAAAGGGCAUUGGUGGGGUCAUGUCCGUCCAGAGGAUGUCGGUUUUCUUGCGAUCCAUGAAUGCCCAGCUUCUCAACGAGUAUGCCUCGGUGUGUACUCUUUGGGCCGCAACCGUUGCUGAUGGUGACUUCCUCUACACGCCGUACGGCUUCGUGCAGGGGGAGUUGGUGACACAGGCAACGAUCGGCAUCCGGGUCCCCCUCAUUCCCAAGGCUGCUUCACAUCCAAAUGGUAUGGAAGCAGCCAAAGCUCGCAAAAGCGAGAUGGAGAAGCACGUGGAGCAGGGCACGGAGAUGAAGGAGAAGGCCGCCCUGGAGUUGCCAUUGCUUGCCGAGAUCAUCAAAAUCAUGUCCGAGACGGGGGCAGAUGUGCCAGAGCCGGCAGCGGCGCCCGCAGCGGCCAUUCAGGAUGGUGGUGCCGGUGAGUCCGGCGCGGAUUCUCAGCGUGCCGGCGAGCCCGGCGAGAAGGCGGAUCAGGCUCAGCAGUCCCAGCAGCCAGUCCCGCCUGCAGAGCCGGUGGCUGCAAACCAGAGCUAG